ACGCGUGUCAGAUCAGCUGAUACGCAUCAAAAAGUGCAUAAAGCCCAAACAAAUCGUGUUUUUAAAUUCCCAAAACGAAACUACGUAGUUGUUUCUCUAGACAUUGAUGAAUAUAUAACUUGAGUGUCGUCUUUUUCUUUCUCUAAACCCGGUGUCCAAUGGAGAAAUCAUUUUUGAAUGUCGCGCACGUCUAUUCAAGAAAAGCAGAAAAAUUUGCAAAGCAAAGUCGGUAUGAUGAUGCUGCUGAGAGUCAUCUCAUUGCGGCCACAAAUUUAGAAGAAGCAAUAAGAAUGGCACCGAAUUCUCCGGUUGCUCUCGAAUCACUUCAGCUGCAGAGGAAGUAUCAUCUGAAACAGGUAGACUUUAUGCGGCAUAAAAAGCAGCAGCAUGAGCGCUACCUGGAAGCACUGGAGUAUCAGAAACGUAGGAAUCCAGAAUACUUCGCCCAGCAGAUGGAGAAAAUAGAUAAUUAUAAUGAUCUGCAGCUUGCAAUUCAUCGCAAUUUAGAUAAUGCUGAUUCACUUCUCGAAACGCUCACUAAAACUCGCACAGCUGAGGCGACCGAAAGUGAUAGGAAGGGUUCGAUAGUGGAUGAGUUGAUAUCAUUAAAUCAUUCUUUGCAUGUGCUUUUUCAAAGAAUGGCUCAUAAUCUCGAUGAGUGUACAACGGAGAAUGAAACACUGAAAGAGAAACUGAGUGAAUAUGAGAAGGAAAAACAAAACUGUUUCAGUGGAAAAGACAAGGGAGGUGGGUCUUUCGAGACCGGAAGAGAUGCACUCGAGGCGAUUGAUUACCAUACAGAAGAAUUACCACCGUUGGCACCGCUUGAGCUGCCAACAUUCGAUUUGCCGGGAUUUGAGGAGCAAUAGAACGUAACUAGCCUAACAUGUUUAGUAACAUGUUAGGCUAGUAAUCAAUUUGAAAUAUGUGACAAAAUGUUUUUUUUGUGUAUGUGAUUAUUAUACAAUAUAUGUCUCCGAUAGUAUAAUUAUUC